AUGAUUAGUGUAGACGAAGUAUUGAAAGAUGAAGAUCUCCACUACGAGGUUGCACUUGCUAAAAACGAGAAGGAUUUAAAUACUUGGGAAACAUACUACCUGACUAAAUUGAACGAUGCCCUACCAGCCAAGCUUUCCCUCAUCUCGAGAGCAGUCAAGGCAUUAUCUAACUCGGAAGAUCUUUGGAUCAACUAUUUAAACUUGGUUGAUACGAACUACGAAUUGAUGCUGAUACAGGAUAUUAAGCUCAUAUUUGACCAGUGUUUAACUACUCAAUCUAAAUCAAUAACAAUUUGGUUAAAGAUUCUUGAAAUUUUAAUCGACCAUGCAAUUGACCAGGUUACAUAUGUACGGCACAAGUUUAAUCAGUGUUUACAAAAUGUGCCAGUUCAGGACCAUAGUAAAGUAUGGGUAUUGUUUAUCAAGUUUGGUGAUAUUAUUGAAGGUCCAACUGGGAUCGAAGUUUAUUCGCGAUUAAUGAAAUUUGCCAGUCCCGAGGUGCUUAACGGUAGUCAAGUUGGAGAAAAGGAGGAGCUAAAUCUAACCAUUUUGGACUUUAUUGACAAGUUUGUCGAAUUAGGUGGCGAUGAUACACACGUGUUGAAGUUGUAUUCAGACAUUGUUCACUCUAACGGAUACUCCAAUUUGCCAAAAUCUCAAGUCCUGAUACUUUUUGAGUAUUUGGACUUGCUUAUCAAGAACUCUGCAAAAGAUAAGGAGUUUGAAUUGGAGAUAAACAAAGCUAUACAAAAGUACCCUGAUCAGACAACUAAUCUACAAAUGAAAUUUAUUGAUUUUUACAAACUGAAAAAAGGCAAUUUUGCAAAUAAAAUUAGAAGCAUAUAUCAGCAGGCAGUUAAGGACUGCAAGACCGUGUAUGACUUUGAAAAAGCUUAUAACGGAUUUACUAAAUUUGAAGAAAAUGACAUUGAAUCCUACCUUGACACCAAAUCUAGUCCCGAUACAACUAUCCUAUCGCAAAAGUUAACCGCCUUUGAAAAGCUUUUAAACGACAGACAAUUGCUAAUAAACGACUUGCAACUUCGUCAAGAUAUAAACAAUGUUGACUACUGGUUUGAUCGGUUUGGUAUUUUCCAAAAUCAGCUAAAUGUAGUAAUUCAAACCAUUGCCAAUGCCAUUAAAUCAAUCAACCCAUUGAAAAUACCGCGUAAUUGCCAUCACAAAUUAUACGAGAUUUGGAUCAAAUAUGCUCAAAUUUACGCUUCGUCGUCGGAUUUCAAAACUGCUGAUUUCAUCUAUGGCAAAUCAAUUCAAUCUCAAUACCCUCACCCUAAUGAAUUAGCCGAGUUGUACAUCAACUGGAGUGAAAUGCGAUUGAGUCAUGACUAUUUCCAAGAACUGGAUGCAAUUGAACUAUUGGAAGAUGUAUUGUAUAGAGAAUCGGCAAAUGAUGUCGAUAUCAACUACUCUGAUUCUUCAAUCCCAGUCCAAAAACGAAUUCGAAAACUGAUUCAACUUUGGGACUUUUAUCUUGAUUUAGUGGAAUCAUUUAUUGAAUCCGCCAACGAUACAAUCUACAUUGAUAAAGUGUGCCAAGCUUAUGAAACGUUGAUUAAGUUGAAGAUUGCCACUCCUAAGAAGAUAAUGGCUUAUGCUCAGUUUUUAGAAACUUGGGGAUAUAUUGAAAAGUCAUUGAGUGUAUAUGAACGAUGUCUUGAUAUUUUCAAAGAUGAGGCUAUUAGAUUGGAAAUUUGGAGAAUUUAUAUCACCAAGUUGAAGUAUAUUGACCAUAAGGAAAGAAGAAAAGAUAUUGAGGAAAGGUACAGGGAGGUGGUUAAAUAUAGAGGUAAAUAG